UAGAAAUAUAACCUCCAAUUUAUUAAGAAGUGUUUAUUUGGAACAAUUUAUUUCUUAUUAAAAAAAAACACAAAUACCUAUAUUGAAUUUAUAAGAAAUAAAUAUGCCUCCCAAAGCAAGAUUACACAAAACCACAGGAAAACCUUGCACGCUACCCCCAAAAGUGAUUUUAAAUUCUGAACCAUCCACCAGUAAUGGAAUUUCUCCCGAGUUAGAACAGCAAUUCGAACUGGAAUUAUGUUGGUGCAUACAGCAACUGCAGACGGCUUUAAAAUCCGGCAAAUUAAAAGAUAAACAAGUUCAGGAUCAUACCAAGGCUUUAAACACUUUGAUGAGCAAUGCUGCACCAAUGGUUAAGAAAAGACAAGUUAUGAGAUUAUCUUUUGGCGACUACAGAGCCAAAAUGUCUGCAGAGGAAAAGAAAUUAAGAAACAUCAAUAUGAAAGUGGUACCAGGAGUGCCAAGUAAAAAGUCGGUUUUCCUAAAAAAAUCGGCAUUUUCUUCAGCUGGUAACGAAUUUCGUUUUGAUUUUAAGGAGCCAAAUGAAAGUGAUCUUGUCAAUGACUUGGAAAAUGUAAAAAUCGACAAUGAUACCAAAACAAAUGAUAAUACUAGGAUAAAUCAAAAGCAUUUUGUACCCUCUGGUAACAAUUUUAGAUUUAAUUUUAGUGUUGAAAUGGAGCCGUAAAUUUUAAGGUUUAAAAUAAAACUUUAC